AUGACAAUAAUAUUCUUUUCUAGUGUGCCAAUCUCUACUCUAUUCAAUCCACACGGUGAUCAAAAAAUGACAGCGGUUAAAAUUAGUCCAAAUGCUAAAUACAUAGUGACUGUUGGAGAUGAAUUUCACCAAAAGGUUCAUUUUUGGCUAUGGACAUACGGAAAAGAUAAACCUGAUAAGUCUGUAGAGAUAACUGAAUUUGAUACGAAUAGAAUAAAAGAAAUAGCAUUCAAUGACGAUUGUUCGGAAGAAUUUGUUUUAAUUGCCGAUUAUAAUGUUAUAUUUUUUAAAUGGGAACAAGAGGAAUUGAAAUUUUAUAUACCACAAAUUUUGAGCAAAGUACGACGAUACGGGAUCUUCAAUUGUUCUUGUUUUAUACCUAAAACACUACGAGUAUUAACAGCUACAACAUAUGGAUAUAUCGUUGUUUGGGAUAUUUCUACUUACAAAGACAAAACUAAGAAUAAUAUUGGGAUUAAAAACAAGGAAAGAAAAUACAUCAAAAGUGUCAAGUUAGAGAAAAGUAGUAUUCUGGUGAUAUUGCAUAAAAAUGGGAAGAUAGUAACAGGAUCCUUAAAUGGACGCAUCAGUUUCUAUGAUCAAGAUUUAAGAAUACUCUAUUGGUGUGAACAUGAACUUUUGGAUGGUAUACGAUCGAUAAGUUUCGAUUUUUCAUCUUCAUUAUUGGCUCCUAUAAAUGAAACUGAUUUUGAAUUCGAUGAUGAGGAGUCCGAAGAAAAAGAAGAAAUGGGAGAUUUUUAUUCGGAAAUCACAUUAAAUGUCCCUACUUGCAAUAAGAAAAAAAAAGAAUUAACAGAAAAUUUAAAAUCGAAAUAUUGUGAAAUGAUCGAUAAAAUUCCAUCGACAUUGACCAUGAACUUGGAAAUAUUACCCAAGAAAUAUUAUGAUAAACCUCCAAAAAAACCUAUGGUACCUACUGAAGCCACUGUACGAGGUGCUCCUUUCUAUUUCAAUAAUUUCUUUAUCAGUUGUUUGAGUGGAACAGUUGCAUUAAUAAGAAUUCCAACAUUCAAGUGUCGGUUUAUUUUUCGGUAUACAAAAGUUGCGAUCUUAAGCUUUGACACACAUCCUCGAAGUAAUUAUAUAGUCACUGGUGAUGCAAAUGGUUACAUCUGCUUAUACGAUUAUGAGAAACGUAAGAUCAUACUACGGAAAAAAACUCCACCUUUUCCAGAUUUUCGUCCACUGAUGGAUGAACAAGUAAAAAGUGGACACAUAAUUUACAUCACGUGUCCAUUGAGCCACGAAGGACUGAUUGGUGUUACAGCAUUAAAAUAUUCCCAAAUAGGUGACAUACUCGCGUGUGGUCUUGAAAAUGGAUCGCUUUGGAUGUUGCAUCCUAUCACUUUGGAACCCAUUGAUAAAAAUCCUUACAAACAUUCCAUGCAGUCAAUUCAUAAAUUGGCUUUCUCAGACUGUGGAGAAUAUCUGGCUUACGCAGAUAACACAUUGGUUGUAGCAGUAUUUAAGAAGAAUCAUAAAAGAAGGAACGACGAUGAUAAUAUAUGGAACUUUAUUGGAAAAUAUCGUUCGCACAACGCAGAUAUAAAAGACAUACUUUUCGGUCCAGCUACCAUCGAAAGUAUUGUAUAUCGAUUAUUUUCAAUAGCGGAAGACAAAACUUUAAUUGAAUACAAUCUUAAAAAUAGCGGUCCAUAUCCUCUUCCGGGCUUAAAAAUACUUCAUGUUUAUAAAAUCGAAAAUGAUGCUAUACCUUUUUGUCUCGCAUGGUACCCACAAUUUGGCAUUGAAGGAUUUCUGACGUAUUCUACUUCCGAAUAUAAAUUUAGAUUGCUAAACGAUAUGACGAAAUUGAUUCGAGGAACGUUUUUGGGACCCCUUUAUAGUUCACCAGUUAAACAGAUUAAGGUAUUAUCUAGUAAAGACCUCAAAAUUCUUAGAUACAUGGUAUUUGCAACUGAUAAAGAAAUAGGUCUUCAGAUACUUCCCUUUGAUGGAAAUCCUUACAAAAUUCUAGGAAUGAUUGGACAUCCGCAUAAGAUCACACAUAUAUGCGUUAAUAAUGAUGGAAACCUUUUGUUCACUUCUGGUUACAAUGAUCCAUCUAUAUUAAUAUGGAAGAUAAAAUACAAGUCUGUUGAUGUGUUAUCACAUCUAGGAGGCAAAGGUCUCUCACCGUAUUACUGUUUGAUAGAAGGUGGUAAAAGUGGUUGGCUUAUUAAAGAGAUGCAAGACCUGUUUUAUUACUCUCAAAUUUUGCAUCAAGGGGAGAAUAUAACAAGUACCAGAAUAAUAUCCGACAAGGUGAACAUCACCGAAUUGCCAAACCUUAUGCGUUCUAUUGGAUAUUAUCCAAGUAACGAGGAGAUAGAAAAUUUUAUGGGGGAGGUCGCGUAUAGAGAUUACGCUGAGACCGGCAAUUUAAUCGACACUAUUAAUUUUGAAGAUUUCGUGAAGCUUUAUAUAAAUCACCGUCCAUCUUUUGGAAUUUCUAAGCAUAACAUAUUAGAAGCUUUCAAAAUAUUUUCAAAUCAAUUGCACGAUGAGGAUCCAUUCUUAACUCGUGAUCAAUUCAUGAGGUUGUUGCUUGGUCAUGCUCCUUAUACCAUUAUAAAAAAACAUGAGAUGCCUUUUGGAGAACCAUUAACAGUUCAAGAAGCAUUUACAUAUAUGAAGUUUCUUAUUGGAUUUGAAGAAAGUUUUGAUGAAAUAAAUUAUAAACAUGAACCAUCACAGGACCUUGAUCUUACAUUCUUGCCAGAGAUAAUAUCUUACAAAUAUUUCAUCACGGACAUCUUGGGUAUUGAAUUUCCGGAGGAAACGAGGGCUGACGAUGAUUAAUUAAUCUGUAUUUUUGCAUUGCUGGCACAUUAACAUUAAUUAUCAUUACCAUACUAAUAUUAUUAUCAUUAUAAUGUAAUGCGAGUUCUAUUAAACAUGUACGAACACUAACGUAUUUAUCCAUGUUUCUUAAAAUGUUGAAUGAAAAAAAAAAUAUCAACGUUUCCAGCGACAGAAUUAACUCGAUUUUACGAAACUUUGUCCAAUAUGGUGAAUUAAAAUUGUAAAAAAAUAAUUCUUGAUUGACCAUUCAUUUUUCUUAUUUCAUUCUUGUUUCAAAGAUUCAAUUUCGCGUGUAGAAUAAAAUAAUUUUGAUAUAAUUAAUUAAUAAAUAUGA